CGGCGGCGGCGAGAGCAGAGGACGAGCCGGGACGCGGCGCCGCGGCACCAGGGCGCGCAGCCGGGCCGGCCCGACCCGACCGGCCACACGGUGGAGCCGUCGGAAGCCCAAACCCACAGACAGACGGAGGCAGCGUUUCACCAGAGGGCUCAACGCCGGGAUCUAUGUUUAAGUUUUAACUGCAGCUUACAAAGACCACGAUAAUUCCUUCCCCAAAGCCCAGCAGUCCCCCAGCCCCGCGCAGCCCCAGCCUGCCUCCCACCGCCCAGCUGCCCGCGAUGCCCUCCAGCGGCCCCGGGGACACCAGCAGCUCCGCUCUGGAGCGGGAGGAGGACCGAAAGGACGGAGAGGAGCAGGAGGAGCCUCGUGGCAAGGAGGAGCGGCAGGAGCCCAGUACCACAGCCCGGAAGGUGGGGAGGCCUGGGAGGAAGCGCAAGCACCCCCCGGUGGAAAGCAGUGACAUGCCGAAGGACCCCCCAGUGACCUCCAAGUCCCCCUCCAUGGCCCAGGACUCAGGCCCCUCAGAAAUGUUACCCAAUGGGGACUUGGAGAAGCGGAGUGAGCCCCAGCCAGAGGAGGGGAGCCCUGCUGGGGGACAGAAGGGCGGGGCCCCAGCAGAGGGAGAGGGUGCCGCUGAGACCCUGCCUGAAGCCUCCAGAGCAGUGGAGAAUGGCUGCUGCACCCCCAAGGAGGGCCGAGGAGCCCCUGCAGAAGAGGGCAAAGAACAGAAGGAGACCAACAUCGAAUCCAUGAAAAUGGAGGGCUCCCGGGGCCGGCUGCGGGGUGGCUUGGGCUGGGAGUCCAGCCUCCGCCAGCGGCCCAUGCCGCGGCUCACCUUCCAGGCGGGGGACCCCUACUAUAUCAGCAAGCGCAAGCGGGACGAGUGGCUGGCACGCUGGAAAAGGGAGGCUGAGAAGAAAGCCAAGGUAAUUGCAGUAAUGAACGCUGUGGAAGAAAACCAGGGGUCUGGGGAGUCUCAGAAGGUGGAGGAGGCCAGCCCCCCUGCUGUUCAGCAGCCCACCGACCCUGCAUCCCCUACUGUUGCCACCACACCGGAGCCCGUGGGGGCUGAUGCUGGGGAUAAGAAUGCCACCAAAGCAGCUGAUGAUGAGCCAGAGUACGAGGACGGCCGGGGAUUUGGCAUUGGGGAGCUGGUGUGGGGGAAACUGCGGGGCUUCUCCUGGUGGCCAGGCCGCAUUGUGUCUUGGUGGAUGACGGGCCGGAGCCGAGCAGCUGAAGGCACCCGCUGGGUCAUGUGGUUCGGAGACGGCAAGUUCUCAGUGGUGUGCGUGGAGAAGCUGAUGCCGCUCAGCUCGUUUUGCAGCGCAUUCCACCAGGCCACCUACAACAAGCAGCCCAUGUACCGCAAGGCCAUCUACGAAGUCCUGCAGGUGGCCAGCAGCCGCGCAGGAAAGCUCUUCCCAGUGUGCCAUGACAGUGACGAGAGUGACACUGCCAAGGCCGUGGAGGUGCAGAACAAACAAAUGAUCGAAUGGGCCCUUGGGGGCUUCCAGCCCUCUGGCCCCAAGGGUCUGGAGCCACCAGAAGAGGAGAAGAAUCCCUACAAAGAAGUUUACACAGACAUGUGGGUUGAGCCCGAGGCAGCUGCCUAUGCACCACCCCCACCAGCCAAAAAGCCCCGAAAGAGCACAACGGAGAAGCCUAAGGUCAAGGAGAUUAUUGAUGAACGCACAAGAGAGCGGCUGGUGUACGAGGUGCGGCAGAAGUGCCGCAACAUCGAGGACAUUUGUAUCUCUUGUGGCAGCCUUAACGUCACCCUGGAGCACCCUCUCUUCAUCGGAGGGAUGUGCCAAAACUGCAAGAACUGCUUCCUGGAGUGUGCGUACCAGUACGACGACGACGGCUAUCAGUCCUACUGCACCAUCUGCUGUGGGGGGCGUGAGGUGCUCAUGUGCGGGAACAACAACUGCUGCAGGUGCUUUUGCGUGGAGUGUGUGGAUCUCUUGGUGGGGCCGGGAGCUGCCCAGGCGGCCAUUAAGGAAGACCCCUGGAACUGUUACAUGUGCGGGCACAAGGGCACUUAUGGGCUGCUGCGGCGGCGGGACGACUGGCCCUCUCGGCUCCAGAUGUUCUUCGCCAAUAACCAUGACCAGGAAUUUGAUCCUCCGAAGGUUUACCCACCUGUACCAGCUGAGAAGAGGAAGCCCAUUCGGGUGCUAUCUCUCUUUGAUGGAAUUGCUACAGGGCUCCUGGUGCUGAAGGACUUGGGCAUUCAGGUGGACCGCUACAUUGCCUCGGAGGUGUGCGAGGACUCCAUCACGGUGGGCAUGGUGCGGCACCAGGGGAAGAUCAUGUACGUCGGGGACGUCCGCAGCGUCACGCAGAAGCAUAUCCAGGAGUGGGGCCCAUUCGAUCUGGUGAUUGGGGGAAGUCCCUGCAACGAUCUCUCCAUCGUCAACCCUGCCCGCAAGGGACUCUACGAGGGCACUGGCCGGCUCUUCUUUGAGUUCUACCGCCUCCUGCAUGAUGCGCGGCCCAAGGAGGGAGAUGAUCGCCCCUUCUUCUGGCUCUUUGAGAAUGUGGUGGCCAUGGGCGUUAGUGACAAGAGGGACAUCUCGCGAUUUCUCGAGUCCAACCCUGUGAUGAUUGACGCCAAAGAAGUGUCAGCCGCACACAGGGCCCGCUACUUCUGGGGUAACCUUCCCGGUAUGAACAGGCCGUUGGCAUCCACUGUGAAUGAUAAGCUGGAGCUGCAGGAGUGUCUGGAACAUGGCAGAAUAGCCAAGUUCAGCAAAGUGAGGACCAUUACUACUAGGUCAAACUCCAUAAAGCAGGGCAAAGACCAGCAUUUCCCCGUCUUCAUGAAUGAGAAAGAAGACAUCCUAUGGUGCACUGAAAUGGAAAGGGUGUUCGGCUUUCCUGUCCACUAUACUGACGUUUCCAACAUGAGCCGUUUGGCGAGGCAGAGACUGCUGGGCCGGUCGUGGAGCGUGCCAGUCAUCCGCCACCUCUUCGCUCCGCUGAAGGAAUAUUUUGCUUGUGUGUAAGGGACAUGGGGGCAAACUGAGGUAGUGACACAAAGUUAAAAAAAAAAAAAAACCACAAAACACAAUAAAACACCAAGAACGUGAGGAUGGAGAGAAGUACCAGCACCCAGAAGAGAAAAAGGAAUUUAAAAACCACAGAGGCGGAAACACCGGAGGGCUUUGCCUUGCAAAAAGGGUUGGACAUCAUCUCCUGAUUUUUCAAUGUUAAUCUUUAGUCCUAUUUAAAAACGAAAUGAAACCAAGCCCCUUCCCCUCCCCGUUUUUUUUUUUUUUUUUUUUUUUUUUUUCCGAUCAGACCUUUUGUUUUCUACUCUUUCCAGAGGGGUUUUCUGUUUGUUUGGGUUUAUUUCUUGCUGUGACUGAAACAAGAGGGUUAUUGCAGCAAAAAUCAUUGGUUAAAAAAUAGUAACAAUACCUUGGAGAGGAAAGAUGGGAGAGAGGAAAAAAGGAAAUUCUAUAGAAAUCUAUAUAUUGUUUUUAUUUUUGGGUUUUUUUUUUACUGUGUAUCUUUUUGUUGUCUCUAGCCUGAUCAGAUAGGAGCACAAGCAGGGGACAGAAAACAGAGAGACACUCAGGUGGCAGAAUUCCCUCCCAGCCACUGAGCUGUCUUGCCAGCACCAUUCCUGGUCAUGCAAAACAGAACCCAACUAGCAGCAGGGAGACAAGAAUACCACACAAGAUACUUUUCUACAGUAUUUCAGGUGCCUACCACACAGGAAACCUUGAAGAAAAUCAGUUUCUAGAAGCCGCUGUUACCUCUUGUUUACAGUUUAUAUAUAUAUGAUAGAUAUGAGAUAUAUAUAUAAAAGGUACUGUUAACUACUGUACAACCCGACUUCAUAAUGGUGCUUUAAAACAGCGAGAUGAGUAAAAACAUCAGCUUCCACGUUGCCUUAUGUGCAAAGGGUUUUAACCAAGGAUGGAGAGAGGGAGACAGCUGAAGAUGACGUGUUAUCCUGGUGGGUUUUCCCCUUGGUGUUUAACAAGGUGGAGGAGGAGAAUUUGGGAGCAGUGUUCUCCCGUUUCUCCCUGCCAAAAAGGGGGUAAGAUGGGGUGGUUGGGACCGUGGAAAGCUGAGUGGACUUCAUCCAGACUCAUGCAAUAACCUUUUGAUUUUUUUUCCUAAAAAGGAGACUCCCUUGGCGAGGUGGCAGGGUCAGGAGUCUUCAUGCCCAAUUUCUCACCUUAGCAGAUUCGAGGGCUCCUUGUGGUGGGAUCAGAAAUAAUCCAGAGUGUGGGAAAGUGACAGUUAAAAACCCCACCUGGAGCAAAUAAAAAAACAUACAAAACGUACUGGUGCUUUCCUGUCUAAGUCGCCUUUUGUGUGUUCUUUUAUGAGGUCCCCACCAUCCACCCCUCUGUGCAUAAGGCGGCUCCCAGCCCCUGGAACGUGAUGUUUUUGGUCAUCUCCAAAGGCUGCAGUUUUAUACUGGGAGGCUGAUGACACCUUUUAUUAUAGUUAUUCUUAUGGUUCUGAUUUAUAAUUAUGUUUGUUUUAAGAUUUUCUUUAAGAAAAUGAAAACCCAACACCCUUCCCUUUAGGUUCAAACCAAGGUGCGGGGGGUGGGGGAGCAGGGUGCUUCUAAGUUAAGCGGUGGCUCUGGUGCCCUGGCUCCCCACCCUUCGGGCCAGGUGGGCCACUGGGCUUGGUGACAGCAGGGCGGCCGGGGUGUCCCCAGGGUCUGCCUUCCGGGCUUGUCACUCUUCUCUUCUACUUCCCCUCCUCUUGAGUCGGGUGUGUCAGGGCUGGAGGGAGGACCGGGCAGGCUCUCUCCUUGUGUGCGUGAUUGGAGUGGUGUGUAUUUCUUUUCUAGUACUUGGUCUGAUGAUAGCUGUGCUCUUACCUCGAGUCAGCAGCACCUGGAGCCCCAAGCGCUCGACACUUUGUUCUGCUUCCUACCAAGGCUGCAGGCAGGCAGCCUGAUGGCAGUAGGAAGGGACAGCGUUGUUGGCUCCAGGGUGAGGGCCCGACGGGCAGACGCUUGCCUGGGUAGAUGGGGUGUAGAUAUGUGGCAUAUAGAGAUUUAUAUUUUAUAAUGGGAGGGGGGAUGGCACCUCCUGGGACUGGCAGAGCUGGGAGGUGUGCCAGCAAGCACAUGGUCCCAAGUCCGCAUCCCUAGAAAGAUGGGGCCUAUAGGGAUAGGCGCUAUAUAAAUACAUAGAUAGGGUCAUGUAUAAGAAAUAUUAUGGAGUGGGGAGUGGGGGAAGUGGGCUCAGUAUGCUGAGCCUCGAUCCCCACUGCAGACGUAAGCCCCACGCCAAUCAAUCAAUCUCACACACAUACACAGGAAUCUAUUUCUAUACUGGUGCAUAACAAAUGCACCCUUCACACCCACACACACGCACGCACACACGCCUGGGAGCUCCCAGUGCUCUUCUCCCCAGGGUUCAGGACUUUGUGGAGUCAGCCCGUGCAGCUAUUUACCUCUGUUGCCCUGAUUGCAGGUAGACUGUCAAUCCCAGAAGUUGCUAGGUGCUGAAGGCGGGAAAAGGAGGAGGUUUUAUUUUAGCAGGUGCUCUCCUCUAGCAGGUAGUAUUCUAUCUCUUUUGCCCCUGGUGAUGUCAAAAGAUUCUUCUGUUAGCAACCUGUGAUACUGACCUGCAACUCUAGGCACCAGGAAGUCAGCCCUCAACUCCCCCUACCUAUUCUCCCCCAAUUAAAAUCAAAUUGACAUCCAGGUCUGUCUUGGCCAGGGGCUUCCAAUUGGGGAAAAAAAAUGGGACAAUGAACCUCACGUUUUGAAUAAAGCAAAUUAGUAAUUUGUGACAAAACUAAACCAAUGCUUUGAAUCCCUUGCUCAUUGCUCAGGAGUAAGCUCACAGCUGGGGGCUCCUUUUUGGGGUGCUUAGUGCUCAACAGAUUAGUUCUUAAGAUCACACCCCGUUGCUUCUUGCCAUCUCAGUGACAUUGUCAGGAGGUGACUGGGUGUCCAUGGGGCUGGAGCCGCUAGGAGAGGGGGCAACCUCUGCCCCCUCACUGGAGUCCUUGUGCUAACUGUGGUGCUUACCCAUCCCCUCCUUGUUCCAGCUGGGCUCCAAUCUUCUGGCCUGGAGUCCACCAGCACCACUCCAGGAGGGCUGGGGGAGGAGGGCUGCCUCUGGCAGUCCAAGGUGCUCCCUCCCCCACUGGCCAGCGCUAAGGUCUUCCCAGUGUUAGGCCUUCCUCUGCCAGCGCUUCUGGCUCUCCCAUGCCCUUUGUCCACUGCGUACGUGAAGGAGUUAGACUUUCCCGUGGCCGCAGCUCCACCUUAGCUGGGCCUGGUGCUCCACCCGAGGAGUUGAUGUGGGGUCUUGGUGGUCAGGGAUGUGGCAGGCUGAGGGAUUAGUGCGGGCCGGCCAGCUUGCAUAGAGAGGGAAUGCCGGGGGCAGGAGAGGCCUCACUGUUGUGGCUUGCUACUUGGGAGCACAUGUCCUUCCUGGUCUAGCACCUGACUAGGCCUCAGAGUGGAACUGAUGCCCUAUGGGUUGCGGGACCCCCUUCCGGGGAUGAGCAUUAAUCACCAGCUUUUCUUCCAGCCUAACCUGUGAGUUUGGUCCCCCAGUAGAACUUGGUAGAGUGUAGGGGACCUAACUUGGCCAAGCUGGGAUGUACUUAAUCCAUUCCCAGCCCUGAGGAGGAUUCUGGGCACAGGCAUUGGGUCACCUUCCAAAGAAGAGCUAUGCUUCAACAGGCUGAGGCAGGGUCAUGUGAGGAUUAAGGCAGGGGACCGUUAGGCUUGUAGAUGAGGCUGAGGGUAGAGACAUUGGAGUGGGAGAAACCAAGAAGGCCUAGGGAAAAUCCCCAAGUAUGUUCCCUGUGGGAUUUUCUUUCCUAAGAGCAGGCUAUUUCCCCUGGAAACGAGGGUUCUAGGGGCUGAGGGUGACAGACUCCCUGCUGCAGGUGCCAAGUGGAACGUGGUGCCAAAGAGAUCCGUGGCCCUUGUCUCGGGGAGGUAGCCAGGUGCUAGUACCAGAGUCACACAGCCCUUGGCCCCCUGCCUGAGGAGGCAGCUGGUUUCCAGUGUGCAGCUGAUGCUAACCCCCUUCCCUGUGGGACCUCCUGGUCUGUGCACAGGCUGCCUGGGGAGCAAUAGGCCAGGGACCCGGCAGGUGAGGACUAGAUGGGGUCUUGCAGUUGGCAGAUGAUGACAUGAGCCUGUUGCUGCGUCUGUUUUUCUCUCUAGACCCCACAGCCUUCUUGCUAUUGAGCAUCCUACUAGAAAGCAAACUUCCCCAAAGAGAGUCCUGGACCUCUUAGCUUUUGAAACAGACCUGGUUGGCUGCUGGAGAUGCCCAUGUGAUUUUUGGCGAGUUGCUAGGACAUGAAUUGGGACCCAGCAGGAAGGAAGGCUGACACUGAAGGGAUCUAUUGGGCCCAGCUCCCCUCAUGCCCACUUACUUAGCAGCCACCAGGCUGGGACAACUGAGGAAGCUAGAUGGGGAUAACCCACCAUCUCCAGCACAGGAAAUCUAACAGGAGCGAUGGAAGGAAUAUUUCAGCUGAGCCAUCUGGGAGAUGUUCUUACAGAAAAACGGCAACCAUGAGUUUUCAUAUUUUUGUUUAUAUAAAUAUAUAUAUAGAAUAAAUUUUGGAGGCAGUUUUGAAUUCCUCUGCCCAUUCUGCUGGGUGCAGAGUUGCUGUGGCGCUAGUGUCUUUCAGAGCUGUCAUUUUCAGGAGACUUGCAGGAGCCCCCUCGAGCUGUGGGUUGGGGCUGUGGGGCCUGUCUGCCACCGUACCCUGAAGAGGGCUGCUUGUUUUCUUUGGUCAGGGAAUGGCAGAGCUGAGAUUUCUGGUGAGAGCUGAGUUUCUAGCCAGGGCCACGUUUUGAUCCUGGGAGGUGAGUAAUUUGAAUUUGUCAUCGGGCUUUCUUGGGUCUGCUUGCUCCCAGCACCAGUGACUAGAGGGUGACACCGGAGUUGUCCUUUGCGAGUCCUGCCUGUCUGGCAGGAAGCAGUUGAAGUCUCCCCCAGGAUGGAAAAGGUGUUAUGGAGGAAAGGCCUGGCGCUAGCACGGCCCUCCCAGCCAUUCCCUGCAGAGGUUGGCAUUAACUACAAGUGUCGGCCGCUUACUCACCAGGCCUGUGCUGGGGUCAGGAGGGUCUGGGAGGAAGGAGAAUAGAUUAAUUUGAAGGACGAGCCCCACUGUUCCAGCAUAAGCUCUCAACUCUUUAUGACUCUUUACGUUUUGGUAAAGGAAGGCUGGAGUCUUUGGGAAGCGAGGACCUUGUACCUGUGUGUUUCAGGUUGGCCCUUUGUUGGUGACCUGUGUCUGACCCUAGACAGUGAUGUUUUGGGGGAGGGAGAAACAAGCAGGUCAAAGCAGGGAGGACAAGGACGUCAGGUCCAUUUGCUAGUAGUGACUUGCUUACUGCCCUGACCAGAGGCCCCUGGACUCCUGAAACUCCAGUAACUGGAAAAGUCCCCAGAUCUGCACUUGAGGGCACAGAGGGUGACUCCUCUGUCCCCAGCCUAGCGGCCCCCAGCCCUGUGCCUGAGGACAUGAGCAGGGUCUAAAGCAUCCCCUUAGUCCCAUUUCACUUCACAGACCGAUUUGGUUGCACAGCCCUAGAAUUCACCAGACGACAAAAAUGCCGAAAUUCCUUAGAAUACGCAGAGGGAGGAGGUGACUCAACAAGGUGCUAAAACAUUUUAUUAAAAAUAUAUAUUGUUAAAUUAAGUCUGCUGUCUGGACAAUGACUGUUUGUUUUGUUUUCUUGUAGUGGAGUUUAAAAGAGACUAUUAUUUUACUCUGAUAUAUUAUUAUUAAAAAGGCAUUUUAACUUUGUACUUGAAAACUAAAUGAGCGAUUUCAUGUGUUUUAGCUGAGGCAUUGAAGUAGCGGGUGCUUACUUAUUUGUGGGAAAUCAUGUAUUCAUACUGAAGAAUAAAUCCGUAGCUGAUUUGGUAAUAACUUUUACUGUUACAGACGAUUUCGCUUUGACCCCGGUGGCAGAGCACUUUUACUCCACAUUCCACGCAGCUAAAUGCAGGACUUUCCAGACUCUUCUCUCCCCAGCCCUCUUUCCUUUCUCUAAAAUUCCUCUUUUUUCCUUUUUUUCCCCCCUGGUUCCAGCAUCCUUUCACCACUGUUUUUUUUUGUUUGUUUUUGUUUUUUUUUAAUUUUUUUUUUAUUUUAGGGUUGCUUCUCUAUUUAUUGACAAUAAUAAUGUACAUUUCACAGUCUGGUUCUGGGACAUCCAGGGAGGGGUGCGUGGGAGGGGGCCCUGAGUGGGUCCCUACCCCGCCUGCCUGGUGUUCUGUUGUAUCUCUGUGUAAGUGAUGCUCGUGACAUAGCUGUUUAUGAAAUAAUUAAAGAGGUCAAUGCGUACAGCAGAUGUAGAAAGUCUGUCAGUUCCGCCUUCAUCACAUUUUUUUUUUUUUUUUUUUUUUUUUUUGUGCCCAGAAGAAUAUAAUAAAGCUCCUUUCUAAUGUACUUGUGCUGGA